AAGAGAAAAAAGAUAUAUAAAUACCAAUUUGCAGCUUCUUUCUUUUUGCAUAUGCUUAUGUCUGAAACGGAUCUGACAAAUAUGGUUUUUUUCUUUUGAUAACAUAAGGCAAAAAAACUUAUAUCUUUGCACACAUAUAUAAAGAUGAGAUUAGGCACAUGCCAAAUCAUAAAAGACUUCAUAGCAAAGCAAAAAUCUUUUCUCUUUUAUUUCUUCUUACAUAGUCACUUUUGCAUGUAAAAUACAGUCAGCUUCUUCCCCAAAUUUUCUCAAGAGAAUCUCAAAGCUUUUGUGCUCCUUUCUUAGUCACAUCUUCACACCAUUAUGUACUUAUAAACACAAGAAAAAUUUAAAGCUAAUCUCAAGCUCUAAUGGCGAAACAGAGUUACUUCUUCUUGUUUCUUUCUCUCGUCUCACUCUGUUCCUCAACAACUACAACUCAUGAUGUCUUUGACUCACCAACGGUCUUCCCAACAAACCCUACAACUACACCACCGGUUACUACAUUUCCUCCUGUGACAAUAACACCAACAAACCCUACCACAACCCUUACCCCUCCGGUCACAACAGUCCCUGCUACACUCACACCACCUGUGACCAACCCAGUGACUCAGUAUCCUCCAACACAACCCUCAGGGACGGUUCCGGUUCCCGUCAUUCCACCGCCUUUUACCUCAAACUCUCCUUCGGUUUCAGGUCAAACCUGGUGCGUGGCAAAGCCCGGAGCCUCUCAAACCUCACUCCAACUGGCUCUUGACUAUGCAUGCGGUUUAGGUGGAGCUGAUUGCUCUCAGAUACAGCAAGGAGGCAACUGUUAUUCGCCUAUCAGUCUCCAGAACCAUGCCUCGUUUGCCUUCAACAACUAUUACCAGAAGAAUCCAUCUCCACAAAGCUGUGAUUUUGGCGGUGCAGCCUCCGUUGUAAACACCAACCCAAGCACUGGUUCUUGCGUUUACCAGACAGGCUCAUCAACGUCAACAACGCCAACUCCAUCAACACAAACAGUGAACCAGCCUCCUGUCACAUCAACACCAAUAAUACCAACAGGAGGUGGGAUAAUCGGGGUUGGAACUCCACCAGCAGUUUUUAACCCAGCGAAUCCUUUACCAAACACUAUGAACAAUCCACUAACAGGAGGUCCUCCGGUGGUUUACGGGUUUGAUGGUUCGCCUAGUGGGAACAAUCCAACAUUAUCAGAGUCUGCCUACUUGCAGCUUCACUAUGGUCACACUGUGGUGGUGACAAUGAUUCUUCACGCAGUGCUAUUUCAUUAGAAAGUAGAAAUAUAUAGGAGUUGAAUUAGUUUUAUGAGAUAGUGUUCAACAAGCUUAAGCUCUUAGAGUAUCUUACGAAGAAGCUAGGGAUGUAAGACAUUAUAAAUUUGUUUGAUUCAACGCUCAUGUUUCGGUUUUGUACAGAAAACUUCCGUUUGUUUCCUUCUAAGCAUCUCUCAUUAGGAACAAAGAGGUGUGAACUUAAUCCUUCAUACAAUGUAGGAUAGAUACUGUCUAUCUACUUUGAUACAUAAUCUAAGAUGAAUUCUUUCGAUAA